AUGGAUCACAUCAGAUUCAAUAAAACCCUUAUCCUCAUCGGAGCACUCUCUUGCCUCCUCCUAUCCACCGUCGCCUCCGCUCGCCACCUUCUAGCCGCACCUGUCCCCCCUGAGCUUACACAAUUCUGCAGCGGCACCGAUAACCCGGCGCUCUGUGUGGAUACCAUCGCCCCCGUCCUCGCCGGUAACUUCGACCCCGUGAGAGCAGUGGAGGGCGAGAUCAACGCCACCCUCCAGAAGGCCAGCGAGAUCGCCGCUUCCAUCUCCAAGCAGCUGGAAGAUCCCGCCACCGCAAAGGAGGCCUUGGACGCACUCAACAUCUGCAAGACUCAGUACGAUGACAUGUUGGACAGCAUAAAGGAAGCUUUGAAUAUGGUGGUUCAGAUGAACGUGAUGGAGGCUUAUCGCAAAAUGAGCGCCGUGAUUUCUUACAAAUCCAGCUGCGACGACGCUUACACCGAGUCCCCCGGCGUCGAAAUGCCCUUCCGCCAGGAGGCCACCACGCUCUUCCAGUUGAGUGGCAAUUGCGUCACCGUCCUCAACACCAUCGUUAAAACUACCACGGUGUAA